GGAAUAAAAAAUCACCAUAGGUCUUUAUUAUUUUGUUUUUUUUAUAUAUAUCAAAAAUAAAAAUAAAAAAACUCCCGGACCUGUUAUCGUUCCCGCGAAUUUCAACGUUACAACCACUCGUUUUCUUUCCACUUUCUCUCAUCUUCCCAAUUUUUCGUUGCCUUCUUCUCUUUCUGCAACAAAAAUGGCGCACAAAUUCUCACCACAUUUGAAUCACACUUCUCUCCUCGAAAACCCCAACCUCAUUUCACAUUCAAACCGCCAUUUACCUCUUCAGUUCCUUGCACCUUCCCUUUUCAAGAACAACGCAACUAUCCAUUCAACAAACAAAUCCAUUGCAUCAUCGAAGCACCGUCGAUUCGGGUUCCUAACAGCACGCGUAGCUCAAAACCACGAAUUCACAGAUCAAUUUGAAGAAAAAGACAAAAUCAGUGAGGGUUUUGAAGAAGAAAUAGAAGUGAAGGAAUUGAUUGAGCAGAGUAUAUGGAUUCAGAUGAAGGAAAUUGUUUUGUUUACUGGACCUGCAAUUGGACUUUGGUUAUGUGGACCGUUGAUGAGUCUAAUCGAUACUGCGGUUGUUGGUCAAGGAAGUUCAAUUGAACUAGCUGCUUUAGGUCCUGCUACUGUUUUUUGUGAUUAUUUGAGCUACUUGUUCAUGUUUUUGUCGAUUGCUACUUCAAAUAUGGUUGCUACUGCACUUGCUAAACAGGAUAGGGAGGAAGUGCAGCAUAACAUAUCUGUCUUGCUUUUUAUUGGGUUAACAUGUGGUUUGGUGAUGCUUUUGUUCACAAGAUUAUUUGGUGCAACAACGCUUGCAGCUUUUACUGGACCGAAGAAUGUACAUUUAGUACCCGCAGCUGAUACAUAUCUCCAGAUUCGAGGGUUGGCAUGGCCUUGUUUACUUGUUGGAUCAGUUGCUCAAAGUGCAAGUCUUGGUAUGAAAGAUUCUUGGGGACCUUUGAAGGCUUUGGUUGCUGCCAGUAUUAUAAAUGGAAUUGGUGAUAUAAUUCUGUGCCGAUACUACAACUAUGGGAUUGCUGGGGCUGCAUGGGCUACAUUGGCAUCACAAGUUGUUGCUGCAUAUAUGAUGAGCCAAACUCUAAUCGAGAAGGGAUACAAUGCAUUUGCUUUCUCCAUUCCUUCAGGGAAGGAAUUUUUGUCAAUACUUAGUCUUUCUGCUCCCGUAUUUGUAACAUUUACGUUAAAGGUGGCUUUCUACUCUCUGCUUAUAUAUUUUGCUACAUCAAUGAGUACACAUAAAAUGGCUGCUCACCAAGUUAUACUUCAAAUCUACAAUUUAUGCACAAUAUGUGGUGAACCUCUCUCCCAAACUGCUCAAUCAUUUAUGCCUGAGUUUAUGUAUGGAGUGAAUAGGAGUUUGGCAAAGGCUCGGUCGCUUCUAAGGUCUCUUUUAACUAUUGGAGCUGUACUUGGGCUGCUUUUUGGGACUGUUGGAACAUUUGUUCCUUGGUUAUUCCCCUACAUGUUUACACCUGAUCAGAUGGUCAUCCAGGAGAUGCAUAGGAUCCUGAUUCCGUACUUUUUAGCGCUAGUGGUGACACCUGCAACUGUCAGCCUGGAGGGAACAUUGCUGGCUGGACGUGAUCUAAGAUUUUUAAGUUUGUCAAUGACUGGAUGCUUUUGUUUGAAUGCUCUAGUAUUAUUGAUCCUAUCUAGUAAAUUUGGUUUGCAAGGCUGUUGGUUUGCCCUUGCUGGAUUUCAAUGGGCUCGGUUUUCAAUGGCCCUUCUGCGCCUUCUAUCUCCCAAUGGCGUUUUAUACUCGGAAGAUAUAAGCCAGAAUGAGUUGCAAAAUUUGAAGACUGCAUAGUUUUGGAGCUACAUUUUAAUUUUAUUAGUUCAUGAUACAUUAUACAAAUAGAAGCAUGUUGUCUGCUACCUGCAAAUCUUGUUAGAUACGUUACAAAAUAGGCAUUCAUUUCAACAAUAUCGAUAUAAAUCAGUGCAGGGAAACUACUGGUGCUGAGUUGUAUCGGAUACCAAGCGGGGAAAUGGGGAAUGUGAUGUGGGAAAAUUGAACCCACCGCCCUGAACAUAUCUUCUUUGUGAUCAAGGUAAUUGGCAAACCUUUCUAUUUUUAUGGUGGCUUUUGACACAAAUCAAUGUUAAAUUUGUCCCUGAUAGUUUUAUAUUUU